AUGGCUAGCGACGGCUCCAGUGGCGUGAAGCUGCUGGGCACUUGGUCGAGCCCAUUCGUGGUGAGGGCACGAGUAGCUCUCCACCUAAAGUCCGUGACUUACGAGUACGUGGAAGAAGCAAUGCUCAACUCAAAGAGCGAACUUCUCCUAAAAUACAACCCCAUCCACAAGAAAGUACCUGUCCUCAUCCAUGACGACAAACCCAUCUGCGAAUCCCUCAACAUUGUUCAGUACAUCGACGAGACCUGGCUCUCCGGUCCAGCUCUCUUCCCGACCGAUCCCCACGACCGGGCCAUGGCUCGAUUCUGGGGUCAGUACAUCGACACACAGUGCUUUGCAGCGAUUAACGGAGUUGCAGUAGCGAAAGAUGAGGAGGGGAGGAAGGCUGCGGCGGCGAAUCUGGACGAGUGUUUAGGGAAAUUGGAGGAAGCGUUUGAGAAGUGCAGUAAAGGCAGAGACUUUUUCGGAGGUGACAGUAUGGGAUUCGUAGAUAUUGCUUGGGGUUCCAUAUUGGGACCUCUCUGGGUUAUCGAGAGAUUUUCUGGCGUCCAGUUUCUCCGGCAAGACAAAACUCCCGGUCUUGUCCGAUGCUCGGAGAGUUUCUGCGCCCACGACGCCGUCAAGGCGUACAUGCCCACCGUUGAAAAGCUCACUGAGUACGCCAUAAAAAAAUUCAAUCUCUAG